AUGGACAGUCAGGCGGUAAAACUAACUGGUCAGACACGAGCUCAAUGGUAUUGGAAAUCGAAUUCCGAUCCAUUGUCAAACCAGAAAGAGGAAUGGACAAAUUAUUCUGUAAUCGAAUCAGAAAUUAUUGAAGAAGCAUUUAAGGGAAAAGAUAAAACAAAACUUGCUGAAUUGGAUAAUUACUGGAUUAGUGUAAAUGAUGGCAUUCAAAUCAGUAAAUCGCAUGAAAAUAAACAAAGGCCGAUAAAGCGAGUUCUAACUAGGAGAAAUCAAUGUUUAAGAGAAGAACGAUUCUUUCUUCCACAACCAUUAAAUAAACCGUUCAAUGAUGAUUUGGGUACAGGGGCUGUUACAUUUCUUUCACAAUGGAAGAAAGAUGAGAAACUUUCAGAUCCUGAAAUAGUGGAAAAGGCAGCGAAUGGGAUCAUUAUUGAAGGGAAUCAACUAGGCCAACAUUGCGAAUCACAAUGGAUAGCCCGUCAACUUACAGCCGUGAAAAAUAAAGACAGAAAAGAAAUUUACAAGUCCUGCAUUAAGCUAUACACAAAAGAAUGCUUUCUCUAUAAACUAAUAAAUAAAACAAUGAGAGAAAACGAUAAAACCAAAGUCGACACUUUGGGCCCCUUCUGCUACAUUUUAUUCAGAAGCUGGUAUACCGAUGAUAAGGGAUGCCCUACUGGGAUCUAUCGAGGUGCUGAGAUGGAUUCGAAUACGAUUAACUUAUAUGCGGAAGCGAUCGGUCAGCGUAGAUGUUGGAAUGGAUUUUCUUCUACAAGUAAGAGUCAUGAAAAAGCCGCAAACUUCGGCAAUACUUUAUUCAUAAUAGAGGCGAAAGAGUACUCCGGCAUUGACAUAUCAUCAUGCUCAGACUUUCCAGAGGAAGACGAAGUCCUCCUUCCUCCUGCCACAGCAUUUACAAUCACCAAAGUCGAAUAUGACCAAAAAACACAUAAAACCAAUAUUUAUUUAACAUUACAAUAUACUGGUGGUACUGGUGGUGGUAGUAUCGCUUCCAUUCCAACCGCCUUGUGGUCGUCUAUGAUACUUGUUGUUUUUGUAUGUUGUAUUUAG